AUGCGAGGAGAUAUAAAAAUCGCUGCGCUGCUGAUGAUGCUGUUUGCAAAAUCGACUCACGGAGAUACGUUUUAUAAUAUGUUGAAUCGCGAGGAUCCUUGCAUCAGUUUGUGUGAGAAGACUCCUACUGGUUUUUCAAAUAACAUGUACGUGAAGUCUUGCUGUCAGCGAGGCUGCAGGUUCUUCAAUCUAGUCGACUUGCAUUCCGGAUUGGAGCUGAGCAGUUUGAAUGGCACUAGGGAUGCUUGUGAGGCUUCGUGCACCGAGGCGUACACAAACCUGCAAGAUCGCUAUGCCUGUAGCACCGGUUGUGAUUUCAUGGCUAAGCAGCGAGUUUCAGAUCUAUUGUCUCUGUUCUCAAUUGCCAUGUGCAUGGAGGAAGGCAUUGACUCCAAUGUUCUGCUAAUGUCGCCCGAUAUGCCAGAUGAUAUAUUAACCGAUCCUGGAUUACGCAAGGAGCUGUUUCCUGGUUGGUGGGAUUCUGACGGCUUCAAAUUGCCGCAGACUUAUGUCAAAACUGUACCAAUGGACGCUGGGACUGUGGAUUAUGCUCUAUCUUCUGACUAUUCUGGUGAAACCGAACAAGUCGGAUCAAACCUGGAUUUCUCGGUCCACUGGGCGUUGAACUAUCUUGCUAAGAAGCAGGUAAAGGUACCGUAUUGGGGUAUUAUGAUGCCCUGUUGGCUAUUCGCUUCUUGUAUAGGAGUGUCCUUGAUGCUGACCAUGAUGUGGCUUUGUGCAUUGAAAAACGUUGGCUCAAUAGCACAGUCCCACAAACAUGUGUUAAUCGAUGACACACCUAUCUUGUCCAAAGUCGAAAUGUAUUCACCGGACGAAGCGCCGAUGUAUAAAGAGCCGCCACCUAAAUACGAUUAAUCGCUCAGUUAUUGAGGAUUUUAACCAGCUUACAAUGCUAUUUAAAUCAUGAUGAUGAAGAUUUAACGUGACUGUACCGCGUUUCAAAAGACUUAACAUAAUACAAUGCAAUGAUACAGAGAUAUCAGUUACUGUGAAUAUUUUAAGUUUACAUCGCAAUCGCACGUUGAAAACUUAAAUCGCAUUUCACAGUAAUGGCGUAGGGAAGUUAAACUGUUUCUUUCUUUUUUUAUAAAGUAGUUGGUGAUAUUAUAUUUAAACAUGUUUAUUAAAAUAUAUGUAUAUAUACGAAUCGUAAAAUAAUAUAUAAAACGACAGAAGAAGCUUUAUUCGGCAAUAUAAUAUUUUCAAACAUCGAGCUUUUCGAAGGGUUUAUGUUAAUAAUUGCAUUACUGACUGAUCUGAUAAUUUUCGAAGUGUGUAUAUAUCGAGAAUGAUGCUACUUUUAAUAUCAAAAAAUUACGAAACUUUUUCGUCUUUUCUGAAUGCAAUUUGCAUGAUUUGAUAUGCGUAUUUCUAAACCAAUAUAAUUACCAUACAACGAACAAGUUCAAAUUUGCAAAAGAAAUGGACGUAAAGUUUCCCGCUGACAAUAUGCAAUCAAAAUGUUUUAUUUGAUCCUUUUUAUUGUUUCGCGACAAACCAUCACUCAAGGAUCGAAAUGAUGAUAGUACAACACAAGUCAUGGAGAUAGCUAAAGGGUUUAUACACGUCGUGAUACAUUAGUCAAAUUUCAAAUCUGUCUAUAAAAAGUAUUGUAAAGUAUAUAAAUAUUUUGUAUUAUAUAAAUAUUCGUGUCUUUACCUCGUGGAAAAAAAAAUCUGCGAAAUUCUCUGUGUGGAAAUUUUUCGAUUUCGUGUUUCCGCUGGAUAGAUUAGAAUUGCAUUUGCAGAUUUUUCGACAAUGCAUAUUGUUUUUCCGCUUCCGGACACUCGUCCUGCAGCUUGGGCAAUCGAUAUCUUGCAUCUCGUACUUACACGAGAAUUGCGGUAGCUGUCUUUUGAGGAUUACGAUAUAUAUACAAAUAUAAAUUACAUCGGACAUAUAUAUUUUGAUAUAUACACGCAUUUCGCGCGAAUCUUUUCAGAAUUUUGAUAAAACGUCAUAUCAUAUGUUAGUUAGAACUUGUUUAUAGCGUACAUAAGGCAAUAUAUUAUGAGGUAUAUGUAUUAAUAACGCACUUCCGCAACGUCAGCAAUGCGCGAUUCAAGUAUUAUUAGUCUUCAACCAAAGAAAUAUAGCAUUACGAUGCCGGCGCGCAUUAGUUACAUAUUAUUUGCUAUAUUUGUUAUAAAAUUUUGGUUAUUUCGUUGCGGCUCCGUUUACAGAGCAUGAAUUCACUGUUUAUUCUCACACAGAAAUUAGCUAUUAAUAACGAAUUUUUAUUAUCUCUGUAUAGGAUAACGAAAUAUGUAUAAGAAUAUGUUAAAAGUAUACUUACGCAGCAAUUUAGUGUCGCGACGCAGUCUUUUGAAAGUUUCAAAUUAAAUUUCGUGAAAAUUUACAUGUGAUCUAGAAACAUAAUGUAUAUGUAUCGUACAAAAGUAAACGUUCAAGUUCCUGUUUGCAAGACUUUUAUAUGUAAUUCUUGAAUUAAAUCUUAUUGUUAUCGAUAUGUCGAAUGUACCCCCGCGAGGGUAGAGAGUAAGAUUUUACGUGUUUUCCUCUUUAAGCGUAAUUUGUUGAAGGUAACUAGAGCAUUCCUGCAUAUUCCGUAUAUAUCUCGAGAAGAUAUAUCUACGAUUAGAUGCUAGUCCCUGAAAAUGUUAUUAUUAUAAUGUAUUUAUAGAUAUCAAAAUAUUUAUUGCAUAAUAGAAAAGUACAUGUAAAACCAAAGUAUGUUUCUUAAGAUAAUAGUUAUCUUACAAUUACGUUCUACAAAUCAAUGUGUAUUAACUCCUGUGUGUAAAACCUGGAAAUAAAACCCAAGUUUGUUAUGUGACGCAAAGUCAUAUAAAAUCA